UCGACCAUGUUCGUUUUCGCGAACACGUAACUGGAUGUUUCUUCGGAAACAUGGCCGACCAUCGUGUUCUGCUGGUGCAAUGAAAUUUUGUGUACAUUAAGGAUAAAAGGCGUCUAAGAUCGCGAGAGCAAGCGUCAUUCUGAUACAUCAUGUCCUCGAUUCACUUCGUCGUGCAUCCCCUGCCAGGGACGGACGACCAGCUCAACGACAGGCUGAGGGAAGUAGCAGAUAAAAUAAACAGAUAUGGAUAUGUAACACCACCAGCUUUCAAUGGGUUGAAAGUGACGGUAAAACGUGUUGUAGUCGGACCAACGCAUAUUGCUCUUCUCACGGACGACAAUAGAAUUUGCAGAGUUGCAUUUACCGUACUAUCCGAUAGAUUGGAUUUGAGUAAAAAUGAACCUAACAGAAAUACAAGCAAGAGCCAUGUUGGAAAUUCUAAUUCCACACCAAAUGGAAAUGGAAGUAGUGGUAGCGGUAGUAGAGCGGGUAUAUCGCGUUCGCGCGCACGUAUCAUGCGUAGUUCGGCGAUACGUGGAGGUAGCAGCGGUGGAGGCAGCAGCGGCGGUGGUCGCAUAGGACCGCCAGGAGUGAUUAUGGGAGGUGGAAGCGGCAGCAGCUCGCGCCCUAUCGCGUCUGUGCCGGCUCCCUUCGUACCGGAAGAUCUUAUAUCGCAGGCCCAAGUGGUGUUGCAAGGAAAAAGUCGUAAUCUGAUCAUCAGAGAAUUACAGCGUACAAAUCUAGACGUAAACUUAGCGGUAAACAAUCUUUUAUCACGAGACGACGAGGAGGGUGAUGAUGCGGAGGAUGCAGCCGACAGUUAUGUCCCGGAAGAUCUUAUAUCGCUGUUAGACGGUGGCUUUACCAACGAGCAUUCGGUUAUAAUCGACGCUGAUUCUAUGUUCUCCGAGGAUAUGUUUGGUUACGGCGGAAUGCGAAAUCGCGGCAGUUCUUCCCGCCGUUUGGUAAGCAACGAUCGUGACGGUGAACGUUCGUCCGACCGGGACAGAGAUCGCGAUAGUUUUAGUAGAUGGCGGGAUCGCCAGUAUUACGGCCCGCGUCGUUGGUUGGAAACCGCUCUGAAAGACUCGUGGGAGAAGGAUUCAGAUAAUAAGAAGAAGGAAUUGGCCUCGCAGAGCCCUUUGUGGAUAUCCGAGGAGCUUGAAUGGUGGCACGAUCGAAGUAGCGAUCCGGUGCCCCGUUUUGUACAAAUCGCGGCGCUUUACAGCGAGCUAAUCGCCGUUUCCGUAUCGGGACAGUUGUACCAGUGGAAGUGGACCGAGUCGGAGCCGUAUAAGAAUGCGGAGAAUCCAAACGUCCACCAUCCGAAAACCAUCCCUCUGGCAUUGACCUCGGAGAAGAUAGUUAAUGUAUCCGCUACUGCGAUCCGAUGUUCCGUCAGUACGGAGACUGGGAAGGUGGCGACUUGGCUCGAUGAACUUUUGGGACACGUCGCCUCUCGUCUCGAGCAUCCGGCGCAGGCCUUCACCGAGUUUACGCUGGACAAAAUCGUGUCGCUGCACACGUGCGCUUUGUACACCGUCGCGAGACUCGAGAGCGGCACGUUGUAUUGGUGGGGUGUUCUGCCGUUUGCUCAACGUAAGAAACUUUGGGAAAAGUACAAGGCCAAGUCACGUAAGCACAGACCAUCCACCGUGUUGUCGAGCGACAUCAGCUACGGGACACAUGUAUGCAUGAAGAACAGUCCGGUUUAUCAGCCAGGAGCUAUUGGAUUUACAAUAGCUAACGGCGUGCCAAAAGUCGGACAGUUACUUUCGGCAGCAUGGAACGUGGACGCCACGUGUAGAUUUAAGAUACUACCUGCUGGCACACUCAUACCUAGUGCCAACACCGACAAACGCGAGUCCAACGGGAACGGUAGCACGGGGGUUGUCAACAAAGCGAAUCACAAGGAAACUGCCGACAGGCUCGACAUGCCGCCUCCACCGUCACCAGCUUCAAGCACUUGCAGCGAUACCGGCAGCAUUACAACUAGUCACAAACGGCAGAAACGUAUGGCACCUCGGAGCGAAGGAGAACCGGAGAGAAAGGACGAGGAGGAUUGGCAGUUGAAGGAUGUCGUUUUCGUCGAGGAUGUCAAGACUGUACCCAUCGGGAAAGUUAUAAAGGUUGACGGUUGCUACGUGGCUGUCAAGUUCUUCUCGAAGGACUCGAAGGAGAAAGAGAAGGAAAUUAAAGAAAAGGACUUCAGUACGUCGGACUUCAAAGAUCUUACAGCGGAAGAGCCGAUGAAGCUGUUAGCCGAUUGUAGACUUCUACGGAAAGAUGAGCUGCAGGUAAUCAAGUCGUCGUUGAAUCCAAGGGCUCCGGAUUGUUUCCAAAGAACACCUAGGAGAGUCAACAUUGUCGAGGGCUCGAACGAUAGUCUGUUAACUAUAUCGACCGAUGGACAAGGCAUUCACGCCAUAUUAAAGAACGGAAAUAAACUCAGUUACGUCGUGUACAAUUUAAGUACAGGGAGAUACGUACAGGAUUGUUACAUACCAUCUGAUAUCUCGUCGUUUUUGGGCCUGCAACCGCAAAACAUUAAUCUCACCAGCGCGGGGGAGAAUAUCGAGUGUUCCAUGAUCUUACGAGACGGAAACAACACUAUUUACCCGAUCGCGAAAGAUUGCGCCGACGCGAUUCGCGAUCCGAAUUGGCUGGAUUUGGUUCCAGUGAAUUGCAUCGGCGCAGCGACUAUCCCUAUUCCUAUCUGUUCGAACAACUUGAAGAAUCAGGUGGCAGUUAUCGCACUGGCAUUCGACAAUCUUGUGCUCAUGCCGCGCAUAUUGCGAUGUGACUAUGAGAGCGUGAAGCAGGUGUUUUGCAAUUUGGAACAAGAUCUAAAGAGUAACUUGACGUAUUCGCAAAUUCAAAUGAUACUGAAAGAGCGCUGCGAUGGCAACCGGAAUAUACUUCACGCUUGCGUCAAUAUGUGUUCACCGACUUCCAACAAAGAAACCGAGCAAGUUAUCGAACGUGAAUUGGUGUCGAAUACGGUGGAUGGCGCCUCAGCGCCUAUUGAGGAACCAAUACCGACGUUGAGUUGGCCGCCCGAAGCGUUUGACAAUACUUCGGGAGAGGAAGACAGUCUGUUGAGCAUCGGCGCUGCUAGUAUAUCUAUGAUGAACAAGUCCGGUGUCGGUGCCGCAUCCAGUAACACGUACAUCAUAGACUCGGUGGAGAGGCGACACAACGCAUUACUCAUAUUGAAAUAUAUGUGUGAGAGUAUUAUCUUAGCGCCACACAUGAGGGAGCUGCUGACGGCAAAGGAUGCUCAAGGGCAAACGCCACUAAUGCUUGCCGUAUCUGUCCGCGCAUAUCACGCGGCCCUUAUUUUAUUGGACACUAUACAAAGAGUGGGCAGAGACGCGAAAGAUACUUCAGCCAUGAUACUGCCAUCCGACGCUAGCCCAGACUUAUCUCCACUUUUUGUUACUUGUUGCAACGAUACAUGUAGUUUUACAUGGACCGGAGCCGAGCAUAUUAACCAGGACAUUUUCGAGUGUAGAACUUGCGGCUUGACGGGCUCACUGUGCUGCUGCACUGAAUGCGCUCGUGUCUGCCACAGAGGCCACGAUUGUAAGCUCAAGAGAACUUCGCCCACAGCUUAUUGCGACUGCUGGGAGAAAUGUAAAUGUCGCGCUCUUAUUGCCGGGCAUCAAGGCGCGAGGUACGAUCUCCUGUGUCGUCUUGUGAACAACACUGAUCUCGCCACCAAGAUUAACUCACGGGGCGAGAGUAUUUUGUUAUUCUUAGUGCAGACAGUCGGGAGGCAGUUAAUUGAGCAACGUCAAUUUAGAUCGGCACCCAGGCAACGUUCGACUUCCGCUGGCCGUAAAGCACCGACUUCGGACGGUAUGCUUUCUCCAGUAAUGAUUGACUGCUUAGGUGCAGAUUCAGACAUGCCGGAUCAUGAUCUGGAACCUCCACGAUUUAGCCGUAAGGCUCUGGAAAGAUUGCUGAAUGAUUGGCCAGCUGUUCAGUGUAUGAUCAUGUCCGGUGUUUCCGAGAAUAGUACCGACCAGUUGUUCGGCGACCAAGGGCAAUUGUGUCGCCAGAGCGGUACCGCAUUGCUAGAUAAAUUCACGCAUUCCUUACUUGUUAAAUGUAGUGCCGAAAUGCUUGAUACACUGCUCUCCACUCUGAUCGGAGAAUUGCAAGACGAAUCCGUGCCUGGACGGCAGGAGGAAGCCAAUAACGUGGCUCGCCGAUUCGUGAGAUCCGUAGCACGUAUAUUCGUUAUCUUUACCAUAGAAAUGGCACCGAACACGACAAAGAGGCGAAGCGCUAGUCAAGCCUCGCAGCAAUUACUCAAAUGUCGGAAAGUCUUUCAAGCGCUAAUCAAACUGGCUAUAGAAGAAUUAUGCGAGACGGCGGAUUCGCUGAUAGCACCGGUCAGAUUAGGAGUGGCGCGUCCAACCGCACCGUUCACCCUGACUAGUUCCGCCAUCGAAGUAAUCAACGGUUCCGAGGAAUUGUUUUCCAUAGAGCCACUAAUACCUCACAGCGGUAUCAGUUCGCAGACAUUGGACGCAGCGUUGCAAACGCAGCAGGGAAAUAACAAUAUAGCGAUCGCAAGGGAUGUUUCUGCUGUGGAUGAGGCGGAAGGUGGGGAGGAAGUACCGAUGGAUAUGGAUGGUGAUAUAAGCGAGCACGAGGAGUCGGGCAUUUCCGGGACCGCCGCGAGCCAGCCGCUUGGCGAGGUUGAUUCCAACGCCGGUGGUGUAGGCGAGGAGCAGGCCGGGGACGGCGAAUCGGACACGGAAUUGGAUCUUUUAGCCGAAGCGGAGACCGAAUCGGAUUCGGACGACAAUCACAGCAACCAGGACGCGGCGUCCGCGCAACGCAGCGUGCAAACGGGCGCGACCGCCGGCUCCGACGGUGGAAUGGGCUCGAUAUUGUUGUUCCCCGAAGACGAGUCGGGAGAAUCAAGCCAGCAGGAGGACGAUGAGAGCGAGGCGGGUGAAACGGACGAACAGGAUAACGAGGAGUUUCAGAUAGGCGACGAACAAUUGGAGCGCAGAAGUGGAUCGUCCGGUCAUUUGCAUCGUAAUAAUCUCGCACCUGUGUCGAUGCAAUGGGCGAUACGCAAUCGUGAAUUAAGUACGCGCACGACAGGAUUACGCGUGACAGGUGGAAGUAAUCUGGUUUUUAUUGAUCCUACAUCUUUAAGACGAACCUCAACGUCGGCCGUCGCAACCACGCAAGAACCUAUAACUAUGGGGACCACCGCUAGUUGCCUGGCGCGAGCAUUCGGUAUUGUUAUUCGACAGAUCGCCGAUUUGUUGGUUAUGAUGCAAGAUUACAAAAAUCGAUCGCCAUCGCCCACUUUGCCACGUGUGAUGGAUAUCUCGUUCCAGGACGCUCUGAGCUUGCAGACGUAUUUAGAAGUGCACUUGAAGCCUACUUGGGAUUGGUUGCUCACGGUGAUGGACGCUACGGAAGCGCAAUUGCGAUUCGGAGUAUCUCUGACACGCAGCGCGGACCCGACCCAUCCGGAACACCCUCUGAAUAACGCCCCGUCUCUGUCCGGUGGCAACUUCAGCGGCUUGUUGAACACAGCCGCUCUCUCGCUGACUCUUCAAGGAAAUACAGGUCGGAAUCCUCGCAGUGGUAUCGCUACGAGCUCGAAUAUCUCCACUCCUCAAGCUUCAACACGACUCACCGUUGGUUUUGCAGGCGUUGGCGAGCCUCCAAGAAGCAGUAGGGAACGCGAAGGUGGCGACGCGCACUCGGCGAGACGUGAAUUCUUGUCGUAUUGUCUGUCUUUAAUGCGCGCUCACAACAGUGAACACAGAGACAGCUUGCCGGUCUUAGACGUCUCCGCUUUGAAGCAUGUCGCGUACGUGUUCGAUGCGCUUGUGUAUUACAUGCGUUCUCUGUCAGAACCGCUCACCUCCAGGGGAGAAGCUCAGAAAGAAUCGGCGAGCUAUUCGGGUUGGAACGAUCAGGAUGAAAACGACAAUGACGAAGGCGAGGAGUAUAAUUCGCCAGCGCCGACUGCCAUGGAAACGGAUUCUGUGGAUUAUCCGGACUUACUACAAGUACCCAUGUGCGGAUCUGGAAAUCAUGGCAAUACCACGCCGAAGGGGAGGAAGCAUCCUUUCCUGCAAAGAUCAGAUUCCACCUUGUGCCUUGGUUGCCCGCCUCUAGAUCCAUUUGACACCGUCAUGAGCGAAGCGUUGCCAUUAGCUGAUCAGCCACAUUUAUUACAGCCGCAUUCGAGGCGCGAAGAUCUCUUUGGUAUCCCGAGACAAGCGCCUUGUUCUCAGGCAGGUGGAUCCAAUCAACACCCAUUGGAAGGUCUACCCACAAGAUUAGGCCUUUCCGCGCGUAGUGCCGACAGCCAGAACGUCUUGGCCGCUCCGACGUUUAGUCAAAUUGUGCAAGGACCACUUUCGAAUUCUUUAGAAUCGAGGAGAAGCUCCGUCUCGGCUGGCGACUCGAACUCCGUCAAAUACGUGGACAAAUUAAAGUCAUGCAGUCACGCUAACGAAGGCCACUCGUCGCUCGUGGCAGAACAAAUUGAUAGAGCGCCGAUCAUAGUGUCGACGAAUAAUCAAGGCGACUCAACGAGCACCAAAGGCAAAGACAUAUGCAAAACCAGCAGAAGCGUCAUAGUUCGAGCUGGAGCUGCGCCGGAAUCGAGCACAAAUAAAGCUGGCGCGCCUGAGAUACUCGUGGUGCCGACUGUGGAGACGCAAAACGUGUCCGAGGAAGUGGCCGCAACGAGCCACGAGAUAUCCGCUCAUGAAACUGUGGAGACAAGUCCAGUUGAAUCUGCCAGAGCGGUGUCAUCGAUCGGGACUAACAUUUCGCAUAAUAUUCUGCUAGGACGAUGGAGAUUGUCGUUGGACUUAUUUGGACGCGUUUUCAUGGAAGACGUUGGUUUAGAAGCCGGAUCCGUGGUGUCCGAAUUAGGAGGGUUCCCCGUGAAGGAAGCCAAAUUCCGCAGAGACAUGGAGAAGCUUAGGAACUCGCAGCAAAAGGAUAUCACCUUAUCCAAGGUGGAGCGGGAUAGAACGCAGUUGCUGGUGCAGACGAUGAAAGAAUUGAACACACAGUAUAACAUAUACAACAGAAGAGCCACGAACACUCCGCCUUUGGCGGUGAACCGAGUUAAAGUCACGUUUAAAGAUGAACCGGGCGAGGGAUCCGGCGUAACUCGAAGCUUUUACACCGCGAUCGCCGAGGCGUUACUCGCGAACGAGAAGCUUCCGAAUCUCGAGGCUGCGCAAGUGGGAAAUAAGUACACGCAAUUCAACGUGCUGCAGAAACUGAAAAACAGGGAUCGCGACCGUGAUCUCAGGCGACAGAACACACGCUCUUCCGGAAAAUGUCGCGAGUCGCGUCGAGCCUUGUCCUUCGACGCCCGUUCCUUCCACCCGUCGAGCGCGAUCGAGGGGAACAACAGCUCGGGAUCCGGCAGUUCGUCGUCCAACGCUCAUCCCAUGCCGACGAUCAACCAUGCCAACAACGACCAUCUGUCCGUGCAUCAACAACAGCUUGGGGACAGGCUGUACCCUAAGGUUUCAAGCCACACGCCUGUACACGCUUUACGACCGGCGGUGGCUGAGAAAAUAACUGGUAUGCUGCUGGAAUUAUCACCGGCCCAGUUGCUGAUGCUGCUCGCCUCGGAGGACGCUCUCCGACAGAAAGUGGAGGAAGCAUUCGAAUUGAUUCACAGUCACAAUCAGGACUUGACCAGCGAGGCGUUGCUGGACCUCGAUGUGUUUAGCUUGACCGAGAGAUGCGCGGCGAAAAAGAAAAUGGAGAACAGCAUUUUAGACGACACCGAGGAUAACGCACCACUUUUUUAUUCUCCCGGUAAACGUGGUUUUUAUACACCGAGACAAGGCAGAGGCAGUUACGAACGGUUAAACGCCUUCAGGAAUGUAGGCAGACUCAUAGGAUUGUGUCUUUUACAAAACGAGCUGUGCCCGCUAUUUUUGAAUCGCCAUGUAAUUAAAUAUAUCCUAGGAAGGCCUAUACGUUUCCACGAUCUUGCAUUUUUCGACUCUGUUAUUUACGAAAGCUUGAGACAACUGGUCAUCGAUGCUGAAACGAAGGACAGCAACAGCUUGUUCUCUGCGUUGGAUCUUACAUUCAGUAUUGAUUUGUGUCCCGAGGAAGGAGGUGGCUCAAUCGAACUUACGCCCAGUGGCCGCGACGUGGAAGUAACCGCGAAUAAUGUAUACGAUUAUGUGCGCAAGUACGCUGAAGUUCGUAUGAUCAAGGUGCAGGAGAAGGCCUUGCACGCUAUGCGCGAAGGAGUCUUCGAUGUCCUUCCCGAUGGUGCACUCGACGGUUUAACCUCCGAGGACUUGCGGCUUCUCCUAAACGGGGUCGGUGACAUCAACGUAUCGGUUCUGAUAUCGUAUACGUCAUUUAACGACGAGUCCGGCGAGUCGACGGAGAGAUUAGUUAAAUUUAAACGGUGGUUGUGGUCGAUCGUCGAGAAAAUGUCCCACGUGGAGAGGCAAGACUUGGUAUAUUUUUGGACUGGAUCCCCGGCGUUACCAGCGAGCGAAGACGGUUUUCAGCCGAUGCCUAGUGUAACUAUUCGGCCAGCCGACGAUGUGCACCUACCAACCGCGAACACAUGUAUCUCUCGACUAUACGUUCCAUUGUACAGCUCUCGUCACGUUUUACGACAUAAAUUACUUCUCGCUAUCAAAACAAAGAACUUCGGAUUUGUAUGAAUUCGUGUUGUGACUGUUUGUGAGUAACAGUUCCAAAAAAAAAAA